AUGUCUGCCCGAGACCGCUUCGAUAACGCCUUCCUUCUCCAAUACCAAGAUGGCCAAUUAGACCCUUCUUCAAUCCUCGACCUAGCACUCCCCUGGCCUCACCUGACAGCUCUACAUCUUGGAAACAUCCCGAUCCCGCCCAAUGCCUUGUUGAUCCUUAUGCACAAGAUUAUGCGAACCCUUCUCUAUGGAUCUUUUCAUGUAGACUUCAACAAAUACGGUGCCGGAGCCCCUGCCUCCUCGAUCGGCAUUCUACCCCUUGACGUACAGCAGGUGACGAUGACGAGGCUGAGGAAGCUCGCGGUCGUUCUCAUCGGCGAGAGGUUAGACGAAGACUUCUUCAAUCGCAUCCGCGUUCCUCAGCUUAGGGAGCUCCGCGUCGUGACGAUGGUUUCCAAAGGAUGCACCCUCUCCUUCCUUUAUCCGGUCAUCGCAUCGUCUUCGAAGAAGCUCCAGCAGCUCGACCUCGUCGCCGAUACCUCCUCCCAGCGCCAUAUCACACGUCCGACCACCUACCUCGAGCUCGAGGCACUUCUCGAGCCUGUGCCCAACCUCCACACCCUCCGCCUCCCACACCACCUCUAUCUCCAUACUACCACCCUCGACAGGCUCGCAUCAGGCUCUCUCCUUCCGUCACUUCAGCUUUUUCAAGCGACUACAAGCAGUCUCGAAAAUGCGCGGGAUAUACUCUCGAUGAUCGCGAGGCGAAUGGGCGGAGCGGUAAACGGGGUGGAAUUACUUCGUGAACCCGGAUCGUCGAGCGUAAGUGGAGGUCCAGACAGGCGUUCCGAGGUAGAACCCGCUUCACCGAUCACCUGCGUCGUUCUCUCGAUGCCUCUUACCGAGAAGACGAGCUUCAUGCAGUAUGUUUUGCCAAGGUACCCUCUCGUUCGUGAUGGUGUGAGGAUUCAGGUUGAAGGAUGGUCCUAA